AUGCCCGCAAUUCCCUCUGCAACCUCCUUCCUAGAAAAUGCCCUUGUGCACCGUGAUACCCUUGCUUCUCCAAACGUGACUGCGGCUGCAACCCAAAAGGCGCUUGAGGUUAUCUGCGCCUGGCCUGUCUCCGGUCAAUAUGGCCCAGGAACACGGGCCCUGUACUAUUUCUUGAUUGCAGCUUGCGUGGUUGCUCGAAAAGUGGAAUGGAUUCGGAACGCCUGCCUAGCUGCCGUGUUACUUUUCCCCGCUGUCGCGGCCCUCCAUGCGAUUGCGCUUGCCGUACUCCACGUUGAGGGUGCCGUUGACAUGGAUAUUUAUGGAGCAUUCCAGUUGUGCGCAAUCGGUAUUCUUACAGCGCCGGCGACCGUAAAGAUAUCUCAAACAUAUUUUAACAAUCCCGGUCGGGAUAUCAUCUUCAUCUGGACAGUCCUACUUCUUGCUGGACUAUUGAGUUUGAUCGUGGAAUUCAUGCGCCUCGAGGCUAUUCCUUGUCCAAGCGCUGGAAAAGUGUUUUCGUAUGGCGAAUCUUGCGGCCUCACGUGUACCACUGACAACGGUCCCCAAUCAAGCUUACGACAAGGUUCAACGAACAAUAUAUACGUGGUACCAGCACCUAGUGAGCUAUCCUUCAAUACCGCCACGCUUCUCGCUGCUGCAUGCUGCAUCCCCGCAAUCCUGUCGCUGGUGUCGACAUGGAUCAAAAUUCUGGACCAUAAUUGGGAGAGAUUUUCCAAGAAAGAGGUGAAGCCAGAUGAUCCUAUUAAAGGAACUAAUGGUGCUACCAUCAACCAUAUGACUGGAAUUGGCGAGAAAAUAAAAGAGUGGAUGUCUCUGAUCGAGGUACCAGUCAUGGCCGCAGCCGUAUUAGCAAUUCUUAUACAGGGCGAGAGGAACUUCUGGAGUCCACAAGUCUAUUACCAAACAGAACCAAUAACAAGCAUCGGUCAAUGGGCACCGAUCGUUGGUACCGGUCUCGCUGUGUUAGGAUCGCUCUAUCUCCUGCUCGCAGCCGACAUGGAUGCUGAGGUCAAAGGGGAUACCGAGAUAAAAUGCCCAGGUUGCGUGGAGUGCACAGCAUCAGAAACACAAGACGGUUCCCGACGACAGUCUGAUACAAGUGGCGAGGCCACAGUGAGUGAAAUCGAAAUGACAACAGCGAGCAUGCGCCGCCACACUACCAACCAAACACAUACCAACCAGACCACAGACGAAGGUGGAAGAAGAAAGGUUGCUCGCUUUCUCAAUUGGGCUAGUGCCGCGCUCGCCACCCAUGCACACAAGCAAAUUGAAAAGGGGGGAUUUAAACGGGACUCGUCAUCUUACCCGGAAACCCCAGGAGAAGGUUACAAGAAUCCCCAUCUACAAAAACAAAUCGAGAGAUACAGAGGGUCAUCAAUAGCCCCAAGUUUCAGAAGCAGUAGGGGUUCCUUCGACAAUGGCGAAGGUCCCUCUAAUCCCCCCAACAGGGCCCGGAGCCAAACGCGACGGCAUGAAUCGUUACCAGUCUCAUCUCUUCCAAGGGCAAGUUCUCGCCCAGGUCGAGAUCACUCGGGGUCACUCCCAGGAGGGGGGCUGCUCGAUUCUUCUCCUCUCUAUUGUCCGCCGUCCCCCAGGAGCCCAUCUCGGGAAUGGACCCCGCAAUUGAGUCAGUCUAGUGGAGGAAUGUUGAGUCGAAGUCGAGCAAAUUCCGAUGUUAGCCCGACGACAACAUCACCUGGGCUCCAAUCUCUACCCACGCCUCCGCCUAAAAUUGUCAUUUCUUCAGAUGGAGGUGGAUGA